AUGGGUAAAUACGAUCGGAAAGCCAAGUCGCAGCCGAAAUAUGGGAAACCCUCAGACAGCGGUGCGUCUAAGGCGCCACCGCCGUUACCUCGCGGCCACCCGGGCUGGACCGGGCCUGGUUACCUCCACAAGAAGAAGAAACCUCAGCAACCAUCUGCAUCACUGGGGUCAGCAGAGCCCCGGAGGCUGGAUCACGUCCUCCCGGUGGGGGUGGAGCAGCUGAUGAUCAAUGUCUUCCGCACCACCUUUCCCGCGUGCAACGACUUCGAGGCUCUGAAGCCAACGCUGCAGGAGAUCAAGGACGCGCUUUUCUGGAGGGAUUUUGACACAGCCUUUGGAAAAGCCGAAUUCCUGGAGGCGUAUGCGAUCCGUUGGAGCCCCAGCCGUGCGCUGGCGUACGCGCAGCUCAUAGCUUGGAUCUGUGAGGAGAGGGCAGAGGACGCUUGCGUACAACGAUUUGUUGGUGGCGACGGCGACGAUGAACAGAAGACAGCCAAGGUGGUAUGUUUUGGAGGUGGUGCAGCUGAAAUCAUGGCUUUCUCGGGUCUUUUGCGUCAUCUACAGCCGUCAGCCGCAGCCGGUAGGCCAAAGUCACCUCCAAGUCUUGAGGACGCCUCGAAAGACCUGCAAGCUUCAUCAACCUCAGAGGACGAACCUUCGCCAACACUCCUCAAUCUUGACCUGAUCGACACCGCUGACUGGUCUUCUGUGCUCUCGAAGCUACAUGAGUGUCUCGAGACUCCGCCGACUCUCCAUAAAUAUGCCAGCGCCGCGGCUCGUGCAUCAAAUGCCUCGUUCCUCUCGCCCGGAGCUGUUCGCCAUACUUUCACGCGCGCCGACGUGCUGAGCUAUAGCACAGAAGACCUUCGCGCGGCCAUUGGUCCUGAUUCUGCGCUGCUUACGCUUCUCUUCACCCUGAACGAGCUUUACACAGCCUCGAUGUCACAAACUACCUCUUUCCUGCUCAGGGUCACGGAGGCUGCUCCCAAGGGGAGUUUAUUGCUUGUGGUAGACAGCCCCGGGUCUUACUCCGAGACCGCUAUUGGCAAUACUAAGGAAGGGGAAGAGAAAAAGAAGUAUCCGAUGAGUUGGCUCAUGGACUACACGCUUAUGCCAAGACCGAAAAAGAAGGCUACGGAUAGUAUUCGUGAAGGUGGGGAAGAGGAGUCAACUCCUGCAUGGGAAAAGGUCAUUUCUGAGGAUAGCGUCUGGUACCGGUUGCAGCAGGAUCUAGAGUAUCCAGUCAGCCUGGAGAACAUGAGAUUCCAGGUCCACGUAUUCAAACGUGUAUGA